AUGAAUGAUCGGUGGGAUCGAUCCUUGGACGAGACGGAUGAAAUGAAAAUUAGAAAUCUUUUUGAUGAUGAUUUAACGGAUGAAGAGGAAAUUAAAAUCAAAGGCUUGUUUGAUGAGGAUGAAAUUGCCAACGUUGAGAAACAACUAAUCAUUCCUUCUUCUCAUUUUUCUGAAGAGUCAAAUUUUGAUGAUUGGAAUUUCAAGAACCAUCGAGCGUCGGAACUCAUUCGAUUGUUACCUCCCGAAAUUCAUUAUUUAAUUUUAACAUUUGUUGAUUUUAAGACAUUGCUCACUUGCCAAUUGAUAUCCAAACAAUGGUAUGACUUUGCAACGAGAACGGAAAUUUGGUAUCCGUUUUAUGGGCACAUGGUCUGCACAAAAUCUCUGACAAAUAUUGUAUGUGAUCAGAUCCGUGGAGAAUCUCAUAGCAGUGGAGGGCUAACAGUGAAUGAUUUUACAAUUUAUGAUAAAGAUGGAAUAGCUCUGGUUCCAAGACAACAACAUUUAUCAGAAGAAUAUUUAUCAUGGAUGUUACAAGAACGAGAAGCACAAGACAAUGAAUCGUGCGAAAAAACGUCUUUCACUGAAAAAUCAGAAGCAGACAAUACGCCAAGCUAUAGGUCAUUAUUCUUGAACAAGGCAGUUCACAAAUAUAAGAAAAAGUUACGAAAGAAGGACCUCAUUGAAAUGUACAAUACUUUGAACAAAUUUGUUCAAUAUUUACCAAUGCUCAAGAAAAUCUGUUAUUUAUUCUUUAGCAUUGGAAUUUUAAUAUUCUCAUUGAUUCUUCCCCUUUUGUUAGAAAACAAUGGCCAUCUCAAAGAAAUAGAAUAUUUAGGAAAGUACUAUAGCACCUAUGUCAUUAUAUGUUAUGGACCAGUCUUCUUUAGCCAUGCUUGCUGUUUGGCAUUUUGCUAUUAUGUAUACCGUACACACGUUAAUCUUUCAUACCAUGAUCAAAACGAGAGACUAUUGAUUUUUUCAAUGACAACUGUCACAAGUUUUCUUUUAGAUGUGACUUUUGAAACGCAACUACUUUGCUCAAUUCCAUUGGUAUUUUGCAUACCCAUCAUUAUGCAUAUUUUUGAUUGGGGUCACACAGUCAGCAUGAUACCUGUAGUCAUUACCAUCAUGGUUCAAAAGUUUUUCUACUUUAUUUAUGAGGUUCAACGCGAGAAAAUUCUAAAAAGAAAGAAAUGGGAGACUCUACGUUCUGUAAAUACAGCAUUGCUUUUCCAGGUUAGCCUUAUUUGCUUCAAGUUAGACAAAAUGCUAGUGUUGCGUUAUAUCUUCGGAGAUAUUGUGAUGCAUUUGACAUGGACCCUGGCAUUUACACCUGCAUAUUUAUUUGGUUUAAUCUAUUGCAUACAAAACUUCCAUCAACUUCAAAAGAGUCACUGGCUUGCAUUCAAAAGAGAUCACAAAUUUAUCACACGCCAAUUUAUAAUGUUUAUUGGAUGUUUACUUCUCUACGAAACAUUUUGGUGCAUGCUGGGCUUAAAACUAGACAAACCUCAUAAGAUUGAUUAUUCAUUCUUCUACAUCUUUCUGUACUGGUAUGCGGCAAAUAUUGGUGUUUUAAUGCUGAAACGUGAUAAAAUUCAUUCUCAUCUAUUCUUAUCAUAA